AUGUCCUCGCAACCCGUCCAACUACUAUUCGGUGGUGCCUCCUUCGGCCCAAGCAUGAGUUCCGAGUUCGCAUCCAUCGAGGCCACAAGGCACGCCUUGGAUCUCCUUGGAGCCAGCGGCGUGAAAAGUAUCGAUACAGCCCGAGUCUACCCCGACAGUGAAGAAUAUCUGGGCCAGGCGGGUGCCGCCGCCCGCUUUUCGAUUGAUACAAAGUAUCCCGGUGGCUUUGCGCCGACGGCGUCGAGUAAGGAGGGCCUUAUCGCGAGUAUAGAGGAGAGUUUGAAGGCUUUGAAGACGGAGCAGGUCGACGUCUACUACAUCCACGCGCCGGAUCGACGCGUGCCACUGCAAGACCUGCUAGCCGGGAUAGACAUUGUCUACAGGGCUGGAAAAUUCAAACGCCUUGGCCUCUCCAAUUUCCUUGCCGACGAAGUCAAGGAAGUUAUUCAGAUUUGCAAGGAAAACAACUACGUUCUACCCAGCGUCUACCAGGGAAACUACAACGCCGUCGCGCGACACUCGGAAUCAGCUCUCCUCCCUAUUCUCCGGGAGCAUAACAUUGCCUACUACGCCUACUCGCCUAUUGCCGGUGGAUUCCUCACUAAAGAUGUCCAGGAUCUGGUGGCCGGCGGCUCGGGACGCUGGGAUCCGAAGACUCCAACCGGAGGACUCUUCAACGCUCUUUACGCGAAACCUGCAAUGCUAGAAGGUUUAAAGCUCUGGGGAGAGCUUGCGGCCGAGGCUGGGAUUCCAAAAGCGGAGUUGGCGUAUCGCUGGGUGGCCUAUCAUUCCGUUUUGAAGGGGGAGUUUGGGGAUGGGCUUAUUUUCGGGUCGAGGAAUGAGAGGCAACUGCGGACCACCUUGGAGGGCCUGCGGAAUGGGCCGUUGCCCCCGGAUGUUGUUGAGAGGAUUGAGAGGGUUUGGGAGAUUGUCAAAGAUGAGGCACCGGUCGAUAACUUUAAUCAGUAG